AUGUGCCUUCGCCCAGCAGGCCUUUUGCUGCCGGGUCUCGCCAAUCCGCUACGUCGGCCCUACACCACCAACAGCGAAGAGGAAGAGCGGGUGUCAGCGCUGGCGGGGCGCGUCAUGCGCGGCGAGCGGCGAGCGGUGGCGCAGGCCGUGACGCUGGUUGAGUCGUCCCGGCACCGCGACCGCCGCACGGCUGAGGCCCUCCUCGCCCGCCUGGCCGCCGCCACCGCCGCGCCCACCUCUUCGUCAUCGUGUCUGUCGCGCCACCCGACGACUUCGACCUUCCGCGUCGGCAUCUCCGGCCCGCCGGGCGUGGGCAAGUCGACGUUUAUCGAAGCGCUCGGUAUGCGGCUGGUAGAGCGAGAGCACCAAUUGGCUGUCCUCGCGGUGGACCCGUCGUCGGCGCGAACAGGAGGGAGCAUAUUGGGCGACAAGACGCGGAUGUUGCGGCUCUCCAAUCAUCCGGAUGCCUUUGUGCGACCCUCGCCAACGCGCGGCACUCUGGGCGGAGUGACGCGCUACAUGAGCGAGACCAUCGCCAUAUGCGAGGGCGCUGGCUAUGACACGAUCAUCGUGGAGACGGUGGGCGUCGGCCAAUCGGAAACGGCGGUGGAGGCCAUGGUCGACAUGUUCCUCCUUCUCGUGUCGCCCGGUGGCGGCGACGAGCUCCAGGGGAUCAAGAAGGGCGUGAUGGAGUUGGCCGACCUCAUCGUGGUGAACAAGGCCGACGGCGACUUGGCCGACGCCGCCCGCAAGACGCAGUUCGAGUACCAGAGCGCCCUCAAGCUCAUCCACCCCAAGUCGUUCGACUGGAUGCCCAGGGUGAUGGCCUGCUCGGCGGCCACGGGGAAGGGCGUGGAUGACGUCAUUGCCACCUUCGAGGAGUACCGGAAGACCAUGAUGGAGACGGGCGAGCUGUGGCGGCGCAGGGAGGAGCAGAAGCGGCAGUGGCUGUGGCGGCUCAUCGCCGACGAGCUCGUGGACCGGUUCAAGCAGGACCCCAACGUGCAGCAACAGCUGGGCUCGCUCGAGCGCGAGGUGGCCCGCGGCACCUUGCCUGUAGGUAUCGCCGCCGAACGCCUGCUCGACCUCUUCGGCCACCCGCACCAAUCUUGA